AUGGAGGAUCUCACUCGCAGUUGGCAAAAACUCUCUUUGUCCAGCAAUGAGGGAGAAAAGAUGGACUUAUCAAAGAUUAGGAAAAUACAGGGGCUUGCUCUAGCAGCCAAAUUCUUCUCUUGUAGGUCGUUGAACAUUGAUACGAUGGCUCGGACUUUCCAACCUCUGUGGCGAACAAGUGGAGAUUUUCAUGCCAGUGAUGCUAAGCACAAUCAUGUGGUGUUCACUUUUGAGUUGGAGGAGGAUGUUGAGAAAGUUCUUACGGGCGAGCCUUGGUCGUUUGACAGGCAUUUAGAGGCUUUUAUUCGGUACGAUGGUUCAGUACCAGUCCAAGACCUGCACUUUAAAAGGGUCUCAUUUUGGGUGCAGAUCUAUCGUUUACCGUUCUCUCAUCUUACUAAGGAGAUUGCUUUCAGUUUGGGUGAAAGGAUAGGGCCAAUCGUUAAAACAAGAGAUGCUUCGGAGCUAAGGGGUGGAACAUUCAUGCGUGUGAGGGUCUCAAGUAAGGGGUCGCUUGCAUUGGAGGAACAGCAAUUUGGGGCAUGGUUGCGAGAGCCACAGUUUAAUCCUUCUCGUUGUUAUUAUGUGGAAGUUAAGGGGUUUGAUGCUUUGGAUCAUCCUCGGCGUGUUAUGGUGGAGGAGAAGGGACCGGACGACGAAGUGGGGCUUUCUUUGAUCUCGCCAGUGGGAAAUUUCGGUGUAACGAGGACUAAUACGGAUGGUACGGAGGAUACGGGGCUUGAUUCCCAUAAUCAAAGGCAAGAGGAUUUCUCCGGAGUAAUUUUGGGCAUUAAGGCCAUGGAUCAGGGCAAUUUGAAUUCAAAUCCCAAUUGUCCAACUGGCAGUAUGGAGGUAAGAAAUAAGGAGGUUCUUUCGACAGAAACUACGAGGCAAUCUAUUAUUGAUUUGAAGAAGAGCUGUGAGGAUCGGCGGAGGUUGCUGAGCAGCCCCGCCGGGUCCAAUGAGUCUCAUCAGUUGGAACUGCCGAGGGCUUGGGAACCUCGGACAGUUAAAGCCUUGCAAAAGGUGGUCGAACAAGAAGAGCCCAUUUUAGUCUUCCUUAUAGAGACUAAACUAAAUAAAGAGAAAGUUGAGAAAGUGAGAGAUCAGUGUAAUUUCAGAUUCAGUUGGGUAGUACCUAGUAAGGGUAGGAGUGGAGGUCUUGCUCUUUUUUGGAAGGAUGGUAUUGAGGUUGAAAUACUUGAAGCAGAUCAAUCACACAUAGACACUUUGGUUAAGGGUGGAGUUUCAACAGAUUGGUGGCACUUGACUGGUUUUUACGAGGCUCCUGAAACUUCAAGAAGAGAUGAAUCGUGGGCUUUAUUGAAGGUGAUUCGAGACAGGUCUACAGUACCUUGGCUAGUCAUUGGAGACUUUAAUGAGAUUUUUAGUGUCUCUGAGAAAGAAGGAGGGGGUUCACGACCACGACGGCAAAUGAAGAAUUUCACAGAUACGUUGAACUGGUGUGGACUACGUGACAUGGGCUUUGUGGGACCACGGUUCACGUGGCUUUAUCAGAUGGUGGAUGGGGGUCAGAUCAGAGAAAGGCUAGACAGUGCCGUGGUGUCGUUGGCAUGGGUUGCACGGUUUAAGGAAGCCCGAGUUUACCAUCUUUCAAACUCGGUGUCGGAUCACUCUCCUCUUUCGCUACAUUUUUUCUUGAAACAAAGGAAACGGUUUCAGCGAAAGAUCUUCAGAUUCGAAUCUAUGUGGUCGAAGGAUCCAAAGUGUGAAGACAUAGUUAAGAAUGCUUGGGAGGAAGGAAGUUUGGCUGUUAUUAGUUUUCCGAUAUCGAGGUGUAUGGAGUUGUGUUGGAAUCAGUUAGAAGUGUGGAAUAAAAGGGAGUUUGGGCACGUGGGAUUGAAGAUUAACGAACAACAAAAGAGACUAGAAUGGCUUAAGUUUCAAGCGGCUUCUCCAGCAACCAUCAAUGCAAUGAGGGAGACACGUGUAAAGCUGAAUUGUUGGCUCGACAGAGAAUCAGCCAUAUGGUUUCCAAGGUCCCGUGUGAACUGGUUUCAGGCAGGUGAUCAAAAUACCCGGUAUUUCCAUGCACGAGCUUCAUCACGUUACAAGAAGAACUCCAUUAUUGGUUUGUUGGAUUCAAAUGACAUUUGGCAAAAGGAUGAACAAAAAAUAGAAGAUAUUGUGACCAACCACUACAGUGCACUUUUUUGUUCCUCUGGGCCUACGGACUUUACUGAGUUAUUGGCCGCCAUUCACCUAUGUGUUUCCACUUCAAUGAACCAGAUGCUCAACAUGACUUUCCAAGGCAGUGAAGUGUACUCGGCCCUUAAACAAAUGUAUCCUCUUAAAUCACUAGGUCCGGAUGGCAUGCCUCCUUUAUUUUCCAACAUUUUUGGCCUUCCAUUGGACAAUUGGCUCAAAAAAGUUCUCCCCUCUAUCAUCAGUGAUACCCAAAGUGCCUUUGUGCAUGGUAGGUUGAUUAUGGAUAAUGUUCUUGUGGCUUUUGAGGCUAUGCACCAUAUAAGCCAGAAAAAGGCAAGGAGGAAGGGCGAGAUGGCAUUGAAACUAGAUAUGAGCAAGGUAUACGACCGUGUUGAGUGGGUGUGUCUUGCAAAGAUCAUGGAGAAAUUGGGGUUUGAUUUGAGGUGGAGGAGUUUGAUUAUGAGAUGUGUGACAACAGUAUCAUAUUCAUUCAGAAUUAAUGGGAAGAUUAGCAAUUCCAUUCAGCCUUCGAGGGGACUUCACCAAGGUGAUCCUUUAUCACCUUAUCUUUUUCUCAUUAUGGCUGAAGGUUUGUCUACUUUGAUUAAGAAGUCAAUGGAGGAAGGGGUUCUGGAGGGUAUUUUUGUCUGCAGGAGGGGACCUAAACUUUCACACUUGUUCUUUGCCGAUGAUAGCCUCAUUUUUUGCAAGGCUACCUUAUCUAAUUGUGAUUCUUUACAACGGAUUUUCCAAGUGUAUGAGAAGGCAUCAGGUCAACAACUUAAUCAUGCUAAAACUUCUCUUUUCUUUAGCACCAACACCUCAAGAGAGAUCCAGGAGGAGAUCAAGAUUAGGUUUGGAGCACAGGUUAUCAAACAACAUGAAAAAUACUUGGGAUUGCCAUCCCUUAUGGGGAGGAACAAAAGAGCCAGUUUUAAUGAUAUAAAAGAUAAGCUCUCUAAGAAAUUGGCUGGUUGGAAAGGUAAACUUCUUUCAAAGGCAGGUAAGGAGGUCUUGAUUAAAGCAGUGACCCAAGCCAUCCCCACUUAUACUAUGAGUUAUUUCAAGAUCUCGGAUUCUCUUUGUGACAAGCUUACUAGUAUGAUACGACAAUUUUGGUGGGGACAACAAGGUGAGGAGAAGAAGAUGGCUUGA